CCGAACUAUCCCCUGCGGCGCGAGCCCGGGGCCGCCCCGGGCGCCCCCCAGCAGACCCCCCCCCCCAUCAUGGGCAGCCAGAGCUCCAAGGCUCCCCGGGGCGACGUGACCGCCGAGGAGGCAGCAGGCGCUUCCCCUGCUAAGGCCAACGGACAGGAGAAUGGCCACGUGAAAAGCAAUGGAGACUUAUCCCCCAAGGGUGAAGGGGAGUCGCCCCCCGUGAACGGAACAGAGGAGGCAGCCGGGGCCACUGGCGAUGGCAUCGAGCCAGCACCCCCUAGCCAGGGCGCUGAGGUCAAGGGGGAUGCCCCCGCCAAGGAGACCCCCAAGAAGAAGAAGAAAUUCUCUUUCAAGAAGCCUUUCAAAUUGAGUGGUCUGUCCUUCAAGAGAAAUCGGAAGGAGGGUGGGGGUGAUUCCUCUGCCUCCUCACCCACAGAGGAAGAGCAGGAGCAGGGCGAGAUCCGUGCCUGCGGCGAGGAAGGCACAGCCCAGGAAGAGGCUGCCGCCACCCCUGAGAGCCAGGAGCCCCAGGCCAAGGGGGCAGAGGCUAGUGCUGCCUCCAAGGGAGGAGACACAGAGGAAGAGGCAGGGCCCCAGGCUGCAGAGCCGUCCACUCCCUCGGGGCCGGAGAGUGGCCCUACACCUGCCGGCGAGCAGAAUGAGUAGCUGGGUGGGGGCAGGUGGGUGAUCUCUAAGCUGCAAAAACUGUGCUGUCCUUGUGAGGUCACUCCCUGGACCUGGUGCCCUGGCUGCCUUCCUGUGCCCAGAAAGGAAGGGGCUGUUGCCCCCUCCCAGCCACGUUCCCUCUCCUUUUCCCUCCUGUGGAUUCUCCCAUCAUCCAUCUGGCCUUCCUCUUAAGGCCAGCUGAAGAUGGUCCCUUGCAGUUUCCCGAGUUAGGUUAGUGAUGUGAAAUAUGUUCCUGCCCCUGGCCCUACCUCUCCUGCCCCUACCCCUGCAGAAGGCAAUUGCUGGUUUUCUUCCCCAGUUCUUUUCCAAGUAGGUUUUGUUUACUCCCCAAAUCCCUGAGCCAGAUGUGGGGUGCCUACACUCCCAAACCCGAGUGUCCAGCCUUCCCCUCUGUUGAGUUUUUAGUCUCUUGUGCUGUGCCUAGUGGCACCUGGGCUGGGGAGGACACUGCCCCUGUCUAGGUUUUUAUAAAUGUCUUACUCAAGUUCAAA